CGAGGCUCGCCCUGUCCCGCCCCUUGUCCCGCCGCCCCUCCCGGGAGAACAUCUAUGAGGACAUUCUUGGAUUUAGACAGUUUUCAAGCGAGCCUGUCUCCUUCUCUGUUCUGCCGACUCUGCUGACUCUCGUCCACUUCCUGUGUCCUCUGGAACAUUCCCUCUCUUAAAGAUCCCCCCGUGAAGGAAAACCCAUACGAGGACGUGGAGCCUAAGGGUCGCUGCCUGGGGAGGAAGUGUGUCCUGACCUUGCCCGGAUGGCCCGCCCCGGACAUGCCCGCCAAGGGCCUCUCCAAACCUGCUUCCUUCCGGCAAAAUUCCGAGCGGCAGAGCUUCAGGUUGCUGGACACGCGGAAGCCGAGUGAGGAUGGAACCAGCCCCCCCUCUACUCCCAGCAGUCCGGAUGACACUUUCUUCAAUCUGGGGGAUCCACCGAAUGGCAGAAAGAAGAGGAAGAUUCCCAAGCUGGUGUUGAGGAUCAAUGCGGCUUUUGAGGCCCGGAGAGGGAAGAAGCGAGUGAAGAGGCUGUCUCAGUCCAUGGAGAGCAAUUCCGGGAAAGGAACCGAUGAGAACAGCGAGUCGGACAGUGACUCCGAGGAGAAGGAAGCGGCUCACAGUCAGCGCCUGGUCUACGUGAAGUCCCGCCUGAGGCAGGCACCCCACCCCCGACCCCUGGAGCGGGAUCCAACCGGACUCGGGGAGCGGCAACUGUUUGAGUAUUUCGUGGUGGUCUCGCUGCACCGGAAGCAGGCGGGGGCCGCCUAUGUCCCGGGACUCACCCAGCAGUUCCCUGGCACGCUAGAACGCUCGCUCCGGUUCAGCAGGGAGGCCGAGGACCAGCUGAAAGCCGUCCCUCAGUUCUGCUUUCCCGACGCUAAAGAUUGGGCCCCCGUGUCCCAGUUUGCCAGCGAAACCUUCUCGUUCGUGCUGACGGGAGAGGACGGCAGCAGGAGGUUCGGGUAUUGCAGGAGGCUCUUGCCCAGUGGGAAGGGCAAACGGCUCCCGGAAGUCUACUGCAUCAUCAGCCGGCUGGGCUGCUUCGGCCUCUUCUCCAAGAUCCUGGAUGAGGUGGAGAAGCGUCGGGGUGUCUCCCCGGCCCUGGUGCAGCCCCUCAUGCGUAGCAUCAUGGAGGCCCCGUUCCCGGCCCUGGGAAAGACCGUGGUGGUGAAGAGCUUCCUGCCGGGCGCGGGUACCGAGGUGAUCGAGCUCUGCCGACCCCCAGACUCCAGGCUGGACCACGUCGACUUCCGGUGCCUCUUCUCGUCGCUCAGCGUGCGGCUCCUGGUCCGCGUCUUCGCCGCCCUGCUCCUGGAGCGUCGGGUCAUCUUCACGGCCGACAACCUCGGCACCCUGUCCCGCUGCUGCCAUGCCAUGCUGGCCCUGGUCUACCCCUUCACCUGGCAGCACACCUACAUCCCUCUGCUGCCGCCGGCCAUGUUGGACGUCGUGUGCUCGCCCACCCCCUUCCUGGUUGGGCUGCCGACGGCCGCCCUGCCCCGCUUCGAGGAGCUGCCCGUGGAGGAGGUCCUUGUGGUCGACCUGGUUCACAACCGCUUCCUCCGCCAGAUGGACGACGAGGACUCCAUUCUGCCGCGGAAGCUGCAGGCGGCUCUGGAGCACGUGCUGGAGCAGCGGGACACGCUAGCCGGGGACCUGGAGGAGGGCAGCCUUGAUGGAGGGCUCGGGUCCCUGGACGAGCUGGUGUCCGAGGCCUUCGUGCGCUUCUUCGUGGAGGCCGUGGGCCACUACGCCCUGUUCCUGGCACCCGGCGGCGGGCAGGACGAACGGACUCUGCAGCGCGACGCCUUCCUCAAGGCCUCCUCCUCCCGGAGCCUGCGCCGCUUCCUGGAGGUCUUCACAGAGACCCAGAUGUUCGGGGCCUUCCUGCGGGAACGGGAGCUGCGGGCACCGGCCGCCCCGGGGCUGUUUGAGCUGCGCUCCCAGGAGUACCUGGACUCGCUCCCGAGCGGCGGCGAGCAGGGAGGCGUCAACAAGUUCCUGAAGGGCCUGGGCCACAGGAUGAAGUUCCUCCACAAGAAGUAGCCAUCGGCCGUGCCGGGAGUGCCCUUGGACCCAGUGGCCUCUCUGUGGGGAGACGGGAGCCCCGGGAAACUCAGGGACAAGGAGGAAGGAAGUGGGCCGCACUGGCCCCCGAUCCCAGUCCCGGCCACGUGGGUUUAGGUGGCCUCUCUGAGCAGCUCCCCUGGGUGGGGGUUGGGGGGGGGGCGUGUCUGCCUCUUUCUGCAAGGGGCAGGGGGACCCCAGAGCCUCUGAGCCACGCCCCCGCCUCCUCGCUUCAAGGACAGGAUGGGACCCAGGGUCGGGAUGCAGGGAAGAGGCUGACCAGACUGAGGGCAGCCCCGGACAACAGCUUCCGGAAACCCCACCCCUGCGCCCCCUCCCCUCUGUGGACUUCCUCCUCCCCCCUUGGAUUUCCAGUUUGGGGCUGGGAGGGGGGGCCGGUUUGGGAGAACCCCGCCACCGUGCGUCGGGCAGAACUUCCGAUGGGACCGGUGCUCAGCGCUGAGAUAAACCCAGCAUCAUUAAGUCACACAUAGCCGCACGGCCCCUCCCCACCACCCCCUAUCGUCCCCCACAGGGUCCAAAGCCUAAGUAGCAACGAGAACAGGUACCAUAUCCCCAUUUUACAGAUGAGGAAACUGAGAAGUGGAGAGACCUGCUCAAGGCUUCCCAAUAGGCCAGGGGCUGAACUGGGACUAGAAACCCAGUCUCCUGACUCCCUGGCUCUGUUUCACAGUAGCUCCCAUUCAGGGCUCCCCACCUUGACCUCACAGGGCUCAAGUGGCCGGGCAGCGUGGCCUAGUGGAAAGAGAACAGGGCUGGGAUCGGAGGCCUGGAUUCGAGGCUCCGAUCUGCCAUGGGCUUGCCAUGUGACAACAGGCAAAUCCCAACGCGGGACGGAGUCAGGGGAUGUGGGUUCUGAUCCCGGAUCUGCCGACGGCUUGCUGUGUGACUUUGGGCAGGUCGCUUAACUUC